AGCCAAUCAAGCACAUGGCUCAACUUUGAAGUGAAGUCUAAGCCAAUGCUAUAAAUAAAACUGAUCAGACUGUAUCAGAAGAUCAGAUGUCACUGAAGAUGGCUGGAAAGACAAGUUUGGCAGUUCUGGUGGGAUGCAAUUACCCGAACAGCAGAAAUGAGCUGCACGGAUGCAUCAAUGACGUGUUAACCAUGAAAGAUAUGCUCGUGAAUAGAUUCGGAUUUGAUGAACAGCAUAUUGAGCUGCUGAUUGAUGCACCAGGAUCUGUGGUUAUGCCCACUGGCGCAAAUAUUAAGGCUGCUCUUGGGCGGAUGGUGGAUGGAGCUGAAGCAGGAGAUGUUCUCUUCUUCCACUUCAGUGGACAUGGAACCAGGAUUCCAUCAUUGAAACCCUUUCGCCCUUUCAGACAAGAUGAAGCAAUUGUUCCCUGUGAUUUCAAUCUCAUCACCGAUAUUGACUUCCGCCAACUAGUUAACCGCGUGCCAAAGGGAGCAAGCUUCACCAUUCUUUCAGAUUCUUGCCACAGUGGAGGUCUAAUCGACAAAGAAAAAGAGCAAAUUGGACUUCUCUCUCUUUCAACAGAUAAAAAUUUGGGCAACAGGACAAAUCAUGUUAAUUUCUCCAAGCCAAGAACUCUUCCAUUUCAAGCCGUGAUGCACCACCUAACCUCACUGACCCGCAUCAACACGUCCGACCUAGCCACCCAUUUGCUAGAGUUGUUCGGCGCCGAUGCCAGUCUGAUGUUCCGACUAUCGCCGGUGGAGCUGGGACUGAAAUGGCCGGAAAGAGACGGCGAUGAGGGAAUUCUACUAAGUGGGUGCCAGGCAAAGGAGACAUCGGCGGACGUAAACGCCGGAGGAAAGGCUUAUGGAGCUUUCAGCAAUGCGGUGCAAAUGGUGUUGAAGGAAGAAGAAACUGGUUCGUUGAGCAAUAAACAAGUUGUGAUUAUGGCUAGGAAACUUUUGUGGUCACAAGGAUUUUCUGGUCAACAUCCUUGCCUUUAUUGUGCUGAUUAUAAUGCCGAUGCUUCUUUCCUACUCCAAUCUCAUUACUAGCCAUACUACACCCACCAACAAUGUCUAUUUGUUUAUGUAUGUGGGUGGGUGCUGAAGUUUGCUCUGUAUGAUUAAAUGUUAAUGCUUCCAGGAAUAAUAAUUGAACUGGGUGUGUGCAGAUUUCACUUAAAUAUUUAAGAGGCAGAGAGGUUCUGUGUAUCUGCACACGUAUAUAUAUGUAUAUCUAUUCACUUUGCAUAAACAUAUUUGUAGUUU